GUGGAAGCUUAUAUGAACAGGAUCUUGCAUCUCGUGCCGAGUCCUUACUUUGGAGGCAGGAAUGCAACCACAGGAGUUAUUUCUAGUAGGGACAACGUUGAAAGUAGUAUCAACGUCAAUGAUGUUGGAUCAGCACAGGGAGGUGGAGCUGCUCAACAGGCUCCAGACUUUCCUGAAGGAGGAGGACCUGGAGUAUCACCUCCUGAUGAACAUCACACUGC